GUUGGUGUACUCGUCAUAUGUUUUGAAGCUAGCUUGAAAAAUUGAAGAUUUGCGUUAUUAACGUUCAGUUCAAUUGAAGUCUUGUAUACUGAAAAUCAUGUCGUUUUUAGAGGACGAGAGUUCGAGCAGUCUAACCGGUCCACAAUCACGACUGGAGAGCUAUGUUUUUAGCUGUGAAUUAUCCUCUGACGUGCCUUUCUACACCUUUCAAGGCGAUGAGGAAGAGGAUUUAGAGCAUUUUUUAGAACUCCGUACGGUCUGCCUUGGCGAGGGAGCUAAAGAAGAGAACAAUGUGGUGGAGGUGACUGCCAUGAAUCACCAAGGGAAGAAGAUUUCAGUGCCAGUAGCCAAUCUCCACAUAUCUUGUCUUCCCAUGGUAAGCCUGGGAGAGUUUGAACUGAUGGCACCUGUAACACUACGCUUGAAAUCAGGAACUGGGCCAGUGACGGUUAGUGGAUUACACCUCGUCGCUUCAGAGAAUGAGGAGUCAGAAGUAUGUGAUGAUGAUGAUGACGAUGACGACGACUCUGAGGAGGAAAUGCCCCCCAUUAAACCAGCCAAAAAGAAGCAGAAACUGUAGAGUCAGCAAAUGAUAAUUAAGUUUUAUACAAUCUAAGGUUCCAUAAAUUCUUUUCAAUACAGUUACAGUGGACUGCAGAGCAAAAAAAGAAAUAAAAUGAAGCUUGAAAUAUUUUUUAAAAGGAUUGUUUGGACCAGUUCCAUGUACAUUUUUGUGAUUCUUCGUGUGGAGUGUUAACCUGUUAAAUUCCAGAAUGCUGUGUUUGUGUAAUACAAGCAAUGUUUGCUUGUCUUUGUAAUGCUUUAGGACACAUGGCGUUUUGGAACAAAACUAUUGUAUUGUGUAGUUACUGUUUUUCAUUUGUUGAAAGGACAGUUAAAGGUUCACUAAGAAAUACAUUUUCAUACUGUUGGAUUACAAUUAAUUAGCCUUAAGGACAUUCACCAGCACUAUUUCCUGCAGCUGUGCAAGUGUGAUUUUUAAAUGUGGUCAGGGUUUUGAUGGCGCAUUUCAGCGAUAAGUGUUGAAACACAAAGGACUGCCAUGGUUGACUUUUUUUGUACAUUUAUAGGUUUUCUGUAUUAAAAUGGUUCCAGAUUUA